CUCCUUCGCUCUUCUUUAUCAACACAACACAACACCACCUUAUUAGAACGCAACUGACCACCAUCGAAAACGACUUCCCACUUCUUCUCAAAUCUCUCCUCUACAACAAUCGUUCAUGGCUGAAAAAGGUCAACCAUUGCCAAAGUUUGGUGAAUGGGAUGUUAAUGACCCAGCAUCAGCUGAGGGAUUCACGGUUAUUUUCAACAAGGCUAGAAAUGAGAAAAAGACGGGUGGGAAGCCUGAAUCACCUGCAAAAGAUGAUACUCAAUUUAAACACGGGACUGUUCUUGGAAAGCCUCAAUCUAAAAAAUGGUUUUGCUGUAUGCAAGCUGCCCAUGCAGAAUCAUGAGGAAGCUCUUAUCUUGUGAGAGCUUCAUAAGAAAAGCAUUAUACAUCUAUAAAUUACAUAUGAUCCAGAAGACUGGAGCUGCUUUCAGGAGCUAUGAUGGGUCUUGCUGGAGUGAGUCUGUUUGUUGUGACUUUAAGUUUUGGUGAUGAUGUGAUUUUAGGGAAGAAUAUGAUGAAAGAACAAUGUUUUUAUGUUUAUGUAAUAGCGGUAAGUUAUUGUUUUCAAUAUUUCACGAAUUGACACUGUUAAUUGUAUUUGUACUCUAUAUUGUUUCAAGUGGGUUUGUUUUUCUUUGUGUGAAAGUGUGCUGACUUAUCAAUUAGUUUCAGCCCCAGAUUUAUUUGGUUUUCCAGUCAGGGUGAGUU